CUUCAAGAGAACAUUAUUAUUAUGGUGGAGAGAUCGACGGCACCGGGAAUCAGACCAAGAAACGGAUCUAAAUCCACGUUUACCGUUGAUAGACCAUCUGCAGUUAUUGUAACGAUCGAUUAUUUUAUUGUGACUGUUUUGACCGAGAAGCAAACACAAUUCCGACAUCAUCCGAUACUGCUUUGCAAAAACAGUGACAGCUGUGGUCUUUCUGCAUGCAGCAAUAGGUUCCGUCGCCGCUAGGACGAGCCUGCAUCGACCGAGACAUUGUGAUAGGCUGGCUAUAGGAGAAGAAACCGGCUGUAUGCACCUCCGCCUCCCUCCUCCACUAGCGAGGACAGUACCGUUCAGUGCCUGCAUCACCCGUUAACGGGAUGACGAAGUGAACCAAGCCUCCUCACGCACCGAACGCUGGAUUCCGCAUGAGGACUGAAUGAGUAGAAAGGGAGGGAGACAAGAGGUGAUGGCGAUGCUGAUCUAGUGAGGAGAAGGGAAAGCCUUUUCAUUUUCCCGAUUGAUUUAUCAGGACCUUAACAUCUGACACGGGGUCUCUACCGGGGCUUCAACAACCAAUUAAUCCCCUCGCACGAGGGAGGACAUUUGUCAUUCCGAGGUGAUGGGAACCGCGCGUGAAUGCCGGACUGCGGUUUAAACGUGCAAGUGUCUCUCUGUGAAAGCGCUGCUGUGAUGGAGCACGACGAAAGUAGCGACGCGGAGGUUGCUGCCGAGCCCCUGCUGCACGGUAUUCACGCGCCCAAUCGGAUCAGGCCCUCGUCGUACCGGGCACUGCGGAGCGCCGUUUCCAGCCUGGCGCGCAUCGAUGACUUCGUCUGUGAGAAGAUCGGGUCAGGGUUCUUUUCAGAGGUCUUCAAGGUGCAGCACAGGAUCACAGGCCAGGUGAUGGCCCUAAAGAUGAACACUCUGGCCAGCAAUAAGGCCAACAUGCUCAGGGAGGUCCAGCUCAUGAACCGGCUCUGCCACCCCAAUAUACUCGGGUUCCUGGGAGUGUGUGUACACGAGGGCCAGCUCCAUGCUCUAACUGAGUACAUCAACGGGGGUAACCUGGAGCAGCUGCUGGACAGUGACAGGUAUCUGUCGUGGUCGGUGAGGAUGGGUCUGUCUCAGGACAUCGCCUGCGGCCUGCAGUACCUCCACAGCAAGGGCAUCUUCCACAGAGACCUCACCUCCAAGAACUGUCUGGUGCGCUGUGAAAAUGGUGUGUUCACUGCAGUAGUGGGGGACUUUGGUCUGGCAGAGAAGAUUCCAGACUACAGUGACGGGGCUGAUAAGCAGCCUCUGGCCGUGGUGGGCUCCCCCUACUGGAUGGCCCCGGAGGUGCUGAGAGGAGAGGUCUAUGAUGAAAAGGUGGAUGUGUUUGCCUAUGGAAUCAUCCUAUGUGAGAUCAUCGCCCGGAUAGAGGCUGAUCCGGACUUCCUACCUCGCACUGAGGACUUUGGCCUAGACGUGGAUGCAUUUGAGAACCUGGUUGGUGACUGUCCAACACCAUUCCUCAACCUUGCAGUCCUCUGCUGCAAUAUGAAUGCAAAGAUACGUCCCUCAUUCUCUGAGAUAGUGGUCUUGCUGGAGGGGAUGGAGAGAGGAGAGGAGGAGAGGAAGACGGCCAUCCCUCUGGGUGAUUGUCUCUCCUCAGAACCCGCCACCGUCCACAUCAGCCCCUACCGACGACGGCGUUCCCUCUGUCGCCCCGGCGACCAGCAGUUGUCACGGAGCCAGUCUGAAAUGCUUCCCCCAACGACGCCCCCACUCGGCACCCCGGCCCGGGUCAACCCCUUCUCCCUGCGGCAGGACCUGAACGGGGGCCGCAUCAAGCUCUAUGACACCCCCAGCAAGUCUGUCAUCUCCCUGACCUUCACCCUCCCCCAACAGCCUGACCCCUGCGCCUCUCCCUCCCUCAGGGGAAACCUCUUACUCCGCGGGCCCCCCCGACGCUGCCAGUCCCUUCCUUGCACCCCCGAGCCGGGGCGAACCCUCUCCCUCCUCCGGGACCCCGACCUGCAAAGCUUGGGGAAAGAGGAGGAAGAGGAGGGGGUAGAGGAGGUGGAGGAUAAAAGGAGGAAGGAGAAGGGAGGGAUGGUGGAGGAUGAAAGGAGGAAGGAGAAGGGAGGGAUGGUGGAGGACGAAAGGAGGAAGGAGAAGGGAGGGAUGGUGGAGGAUGUAUCAGAUGAUUCAGGGCUGCCUCUGGAGCUGGACAUGGUGUCUCUGGAUCCUCUGGAAGAGGAAGACGAGGAAGGUUGUUCUCUGGGGGAGCCAAUGGACUGCAGCAAGUCUCCUGACACACUAGAGGGUGCAGUCCCUACACCAGGGAGACGUCUACCACAUCCAGCCUCGUCCUCUUCCUCCCUGUUUCUGCAGCCUAACGGCUGGGGCCACCCAGUCUCCAAUGCCCCUCCCUCCCUCCCUCCUCUCCCUCGUCUAGGCAACAACAACAUCUCAGCGAUGGUGGUCGUCGGCCGUCCGAUUGGCUGGAGGGCUAGCGGCUACCGCGCCGCAAUCCCGGGCCCCUCUGCUGGCCCCACCCCUGAUCAAGAUGAGGUAAUUUCCUGUCCGGGCUGCUGUCUGAUUGGUCUGAGCUUUCCAUCCGUGUGCCUGAAGGGGGUGCCGACCCCUCGCCACGUUCCGCCCCGACGACCCUACCGGAACCUCAACGGGGGGGCCAUCAGUGACCCUUCAGCUGCCACGGCAACCAAGGGACUGCUUUGUUGUGGGGCGAACGGUCUCGCUCCUCCGACCACACCUUGCGUGCCUGGGCUGCCCCUACCGGAGGCACAGUCUUAGGAAGGGCUCCCCCUAGUGGGCUGACUGACCAACAACAACAUCAACACCAGUGACAUUACUGAGACUUUGACUGGUUCUGUUUAUUGACGCUAUUAAUAUUUAUUACUAUUAGGAACUGAUGAUGAUGAUUGCUACUACUACCCUGAAGUGUGUGUGUGUGUGUGUGAGGAGGUGGGGACGUGGGGACACUGGUGGUUGAUUUGGGAGUAAGAGGGAGAAGCAGAAUAGGAAACCAGAAGUGGGUUAUUGAUGUGAGAUCUUAAUAUAUUGGUUGCUGACCUAGAGCCAUUUGAUAACUGCAGUGUGUCGCUGGUUUGUUCACUGACUUUCUACACUCUGAAUCUUUCUAUUUUAUUCCUACUAAUGAUUUUGUCAGUGGUCUGGGUGGUGCUUGAGAUUUGUAUUGAAUUCAAACAGGUGCUUCUUCUUCCCUCAAACCUCAGUGUUCUUCCCAUAACCUUCUAUCAUCCAGGUAUCCUCUCAGUGUGGGGGUGUUUUUAACAGCUUGUGUAACUUUGAAACAGCAUGAAAAGCAAUUCUCCUAGCUUAUUUACGUAUUGUACUGAUUACUUCACUCUAAGGUGUGUGUGUGUGUGUGUGUGUGUGUGUGUGUGUGUGUGUGUGUGUGUGUGUGUGUCAGAGGGAGAGAAAGCGUGUGUGUGACUGAAUGACUAAGGUUUGUCCCCUGAUGUCUGUUUUGAAAUGUUAGUGGUUCGCAAGUCAUUUCCCCGUACCUGUGUGUGUGAGAUUAGAGAACUGAGUAUAAUAAUUUAAUAUAAAGUUAGUGAGGUGUACAUAAUCUUUACUAUAAUGUUUUUUGACACUAUUGAUGAGAAUCACUCCAGUCUUGAUUUCAUAGGGCUACUGGUUCCGUACCUGUUGAAGUUGACUCUCUGUAUCUGAAAUGGCACCCUAUUCCCUAUAUAGUGCACUACUUUUGACCAGGGCCUAUGGGGCUUUGGUCAAAAUAGGAUGCCAUUUUGUCUGUUGUCCCCAGAGCUUAAGGUGUGUUUGUCUCCCUCUGCUGGCCUGGAGGACCCAGGCACACCAGGCGACUGGCUCAAAGGCUGUGUCUCAUCACUCUUCAAUGGCUUCCUUUCCUCAUACCCUUUCCUUCUAGGAGAGGCUAUACAUGACCAGACCAGGCUUUAGUUAUAGACCUGGAGGUUUUUCCUAGUCAGGUCACUUGGUCAGGAAAAAGUCCCAGCCAUAUUCAUAUCAACUGAAACGAGGGGGACUUUAAAAGGUUUCAAAAUAUAUAGCUAUAGCUAUUAACAUUCAUAACCAGUUCUAACCACUUAAUCUAGCUAGUGAUCUGUAGGAAAGGAAGAAGAGGAAACAUAAACCAGUGUAUUGGGACGUAGCCAGUCACGCUCAAUUGUACUGGUCAGAGAGUAUCUUUAUUACUUCACUGUUUAAACAGCAUGAUUUACAGAGUCUGAACAACUGUGUGCAUACAUCCAAAUAAUUCCACUGUUCCGUCCCAUAUUGAUGAUGUCAUAAUGACAAUGGUACAAAAACUGACCCAUAUGUCCAUGGAACAACCGAGGGAGUGUAAUGCACUUUCUUUUUUAAAGCUGAGAAUCUUGUUGAUUAAAACAUUAUUUAUGAAAUCAUGUAUGUAGCUAACUAGUAAACCCUUCUGCUGGCUGGGAUGUUGGUUGGUCUGUUGCUAGUUGGAAAUAUGUGUCUGUUCCUUUCCGGAAACAACCCUUCCCCUCUAGACACUUGUAGAGAUCUAAGAGGACUUGAUAGGAUGAAUCAAUAUAGUCAUAGCUCCACCUUGCCCUCUGAUAGGUGGAAUUUCACCAUAUUGCUUAAACCUGUCCAAUCCUCUCAGAUCUCCACCAGGGCCUAUAGGAAGGGGCUAGUUAGGGGUUGUUUCUGGACAGGGCCUCUGUUGUUUCUACUAGAAUCCUUCCUCUACAUGCAAGGCUCUUCUGAUUAGCAUUGUUACUGUAAGAAUCAUCAUUGUGUGUAUGUAUAUACAGUGCAUUCAGAAAGUGUU